AGCUUUAAUUGUGGCUCAUCAACGAUCGGCGAAAUGCCAAAAUUCGCGCAAAUUAUAAAUACCCACACCUCCCCCAGCCUUUCCUUUCCUUUCUCUUCCUGCUUUCCAACGACAACGAACAAAGUCGUUUCUACUGUCAACUCAAAAACUAAUCGGUAGAGAAAAAACACCAUAAUCAGAUCAGCUACAAUUUCCACCAAAUCAACACUUCCAAUUUCUGUUUCUCUACCCUUAUCUCUCUCCAUAAUGAGCUCUCCGGCGAUUCCUGGAGGCACCGGCUUGUUUACUGGAUUCACAAGGCUAUGCAAGGGUUUGGCUGUGGUUCUUAUCGCCGGUCACAUUGUAGUUCAGAUUGUGCCUCCGGCUGUUUCCUAUCUCGCUCUUAUUCCGGCGAAGACAAUUCCUUUUGCAUGGAACCUCAUAACAGCUGGUUACAUUGAACAAUCAAUAUAUGGGGUGGUUGUCAGCACUUUAUGUCUCCUUAUUAUGGGGAAGCUACUUGAACCUGUGUGGGGUUCCAAGGAGUUCUUGAAGUUCAUUUUCAUAGUCAACUUCCUCACUUCUGUGUGUGUUUUUAUUAUAACUAUUGCAUUGUACUACAUAACUAGGCAGGAAAAUUACCUUUAUUUGCCCAUAUCUGGCUUCCAAGGGGUCUUAUCAGGUUUCUUGGUUGGUAUUAAGCAAAUUAUACCUGAUCAAGAGCUGUCUGUAUUAAGACUAAAGGCAAAGUGGUUUCCAUCUCUUGCACUCGUGCUAGCUAUUGUUGUAAGCUUCUUUACACCAGAGUCAACAGCAUACCUUCCAACCAUUAUAUUUGGCACAUACGUGAGCUGGAUUUACCUAAGAUACCUACAAAGGAAACCAGAAACAAAACUUAGGGGUGAUCCAAAUGAUGAUUUUGCAUUCUCCACUUUCUUCCCUGAAUUUCUUAGGCCAGUCAUUGAUCCAAUUGCAUCAAUAUUCCAUCGGAUGCUUUGUGGAAGGUCUGAAACUUUGACUGAAGCACAAGGCUAUACUCUAGGAGGUGCUCCAUUGCCUGGUUCAGAUCCCAUUGAGGCAUCUAGGAGGAGAGAAAGGGGAGCUAGAGCACUGGAGGAAAGAUUGGCAGCUGAGAGGUUGGCUGCUGCAAGAAGCGCGGAUGAGUCAAAAAAAGAUGCAUCAGAGAAUGUUUGAUAGCUCGGAAACUCUCAAGAACCCAAACAGCAAGUGAAAAGUUGUAUUUUGAUCAACACUUAACAGAAUUUGUGCAGUAUUUGGAGAUCAGACUUUUUCUGGUUUCUAGAUAGCAGUUUUGUGAUUCAUAUUUCUGUGGAUUAUUAUUGUUAUCAUUCUUAUUGUAAAAAUUCUUGCUACAACAUGUCUUUUUUUUUUUUGGUUUUGUUUCAUUAUGACUUGGUCUUUGUCUAAAACAUACGAAGAAUAAAUUCUAAUCAACUAAUUUCCUAUGC